UCCGGGUUUGCCCGGACCAUUAUGGCGGCAAUGUUGACGCGUUGUUGCUAAAGGCCAAUCAAAGGCUCGACGUGGGCAUGGCCUAUCUGCUCUAUUGUAAUUCCGGUCAGAGCUUUGGUUCAGUUGAAAGGAAAACCCGCCUUCGUUUAAACCACUAAAAGUUAAUAAGGGAAGGGCACAUGUUCCGCUUGUAGUCUCAGAUUUGCUGAACGUAAUUAAUAUUAUUUACAACGAGUGAAGCAAAACCGGGAAUUCUGGGACGUGAACGCAACCUUCUCUUAACUUGCGUAAAACUACGUUUGAAGCUGAACAAGCAGGAGUUUACUGGUGAAAAUCCAACAUGACACAACAGGCGGCUGCCCUGCAGACCUACAACAACGAGCUGGCGAAAUGCAUAGAGGACUUGCGCUUUAAACGGGAGGAACUCAACCGUCAAAUCAAGCAGGAGGAGGAGGAGAAGGAGCGACUGCAGCACGACAUCCGUCUGCUCACGGAGAAGCUGAGCAGAGUCAACGAAAGUCUUGCACAGAAACAGGCUGCCCGCGCUACGUUUGACCAGACGCUGGCUGAGAGUGAGGCUGCCUACACCAAGAUCCUGGAAAGUUCUCAGUCUCUGCUCAGUGUCCUGAAACAGCAGACAGGAAACCUGAGUAAAGUUACAGACGUUCGCAGGAAGGAGCAUUAACUAUGAACAGAGGUGGUCUGUUUGGACUUCAGCACUUUUUAUACAGUCCAUUCUAUUUAUGUGUGUUGGAUGUGUUUAAUUGUCAGGACUUAAAAUUAAAGUGUUUUACUUUCACA